UCUCGCGAUAUAUUUUCUAGAGCUCGGCUUUCUUCGCAACCAAACAGCCUGUUAUCUUGACGUAGCUUCGCUUGAAAUCAAUCAACCAUUCUCUCACAUCGAAACCCUAGUCACCGGAUCAAGUCUGAGCUUUUAGGUUGUUGGGCUUCCUUGAAGAGUAAAGGUUUUAUGUCUGAUCUCGACAUCCAAACUCCCACUGCCUUUGAUCCUUUUGCUGAUGCAAAUGCUGAGGACUCAGGUGCUGGGGCAAAAGAGUAUGUGCACAUUCGUACACAGCAACGCAAUGGUAGAAAAAGCUUGACAACUGUGCAAGGUUUGAAAAAAGAAUUCAGCUAUAACAAGAUACUCAAGGACCUCAAGAAAGAAUUCUGCUGUAAUGGUACAGUGGUGCAGGACCUUGAAUUAGGCCAGGUUAUUCAACUUCAAGGUGACCAGCGCAAGAAUGUCUCUACCUUUCUUGUUCAGGCUGGCAUUGUGAAGAAGGAGAAUAUUAAAAUUCAUGGUUUCUAAGCUGUUGCAGUAAAUUUAAAACUCCACACUGUGCUCUCCCCGCUAUUAUCAAGAACUUUAGAGAUAUCGAAGCUAUUAUUAUUAUCUUUCCUAUGUUUGGUUGUAUGACAUAUGCAUCAUUUGUUUCUGGUGUUGUCCAGAUAUCUGGUCUCUAUAUUGUGGGAUGAUAAUGGAAUACUUCACAGUUUGUAUUUGUGUAUUAAAUAGCUAUUGCUCUCUCGAGUCGAACUAUAAAUUAUCGAUAUAAUGUUGGGGUGUUCCUGGUUAA